GAGAAAGAGAGAGUUAGACAGCCUCCAACGAACCUAGGAAGUUUCCUUGUUACAAACACAACAGCCAGGGGAGUCAUAGCUAUUAGGAACUAGAAAAAAACAAGACACCACUGGAACCCCAUCAAAUUAUUACCAUUCGAUGGUGACAAACAUUGGAAGGGCACCAUUAAAUGAUAAAAAACCACUACCAUCGAAAGAAAACCAUCCAUGGUUCUGAAACAUCGGUCAUCGAUGUCCAUCCCUACUCCAGAGUCCAGACACCUUGUCGGUGGGGAGAGCCUGCUGCUGCAGCUGGUUGGCUGCAGUGUGCACGGCGUUGUGUGCCUACAUAACUCUGCACAUACUGUAACAGUGUAUCCGGGGGAUGUGUAAGGAAUGAUCACUGUAACGCGACAAUACAAAUAACAUCAUCCCCCCACCCAGCCAGUGCCCACUCUUCCACACCCUGUCAUGUUGCUGCUCCACUCCCUGUCAGCGCCUGGCACGUCUGCCUGGGACUCCACGCAGCUCCCACCCGUGGGGACAGGUGUCAGUGAAGGCUGAGCUCUCUCUCCAUCCACCUCGUGCGUGUUCUCUGUUUACCCCCACGUCACACUCAGGAGAGCUGAAUCCCAAUCAGGGGGCUCACUAGCCCUCCCAUUCAAAAAAGAAAAAAAAAAAUCCCAGAAAGGGAAGGAAGGAGGGGGAGGCAGCAGACACCCAAUGCCCAGGCACAGGGAUGUGAGAUACACAGGGAUUCUCCUAAACUCAUCAUCAAAGCAGUGAAUGGACUGAGAGAGCGACACAGACACUCAGGCAACAUGAAGGAGAAGCCGAUGAUCAAGACAGCUAAAAUGCAGGGGAACGUGAUGGAGUUGGUGGGGAGCAACCCUCCUCAGCGGAACUGGAAAGGAAUAGCAAUUGCACUUCUCGUUAUCCUUGUCAUCUGCUCCAUGAUCGUCACGUCUGUCAUAUUACUGACUCCAGUGGAAGAUAAUAGCCUGUCACUCAAGGCAAAGGUAUCGCUGCAAGAUUUGGUCAGUGGAGAGUUUGCAAUCCACGAUACAGAAGCUAAAUGGAUAAAUGGCAAAGAAUUAUUAUUUAGAACGCAGCAAGGUAAUGUGGUGAAGCUGAACGUAGAGCGGAACGAGUCCACAUUAUUGAUAGAAAAGAAAAUGUUUGACACUUUCAAGGUCAGCAAGUAUGAAGUAUCUCCAGACAUGAAGUAUGUUUUGCUUGCAUUUAAUGUCAAGCCGAUUUACCAGCACUCUUUUACUGCACAGUAUGCCCUAUGUAACCUCAUCACAAGUAAACUGACUGAUUUAAACCCACCUGAGGUAGAGAAGGCAUAUCUGCAGUAUGCUGGAUGGGGUCCAAAGGGCCAACAACUGAUUUUUAUAUUUGAAAAUAACAUCUUCUAUAAAAUGAAUGCAGACAGCCGGCCCAUCCGCUUGGUCUCCACUGGGAAGGAAGGAGUCAUUUUUAACGGGCUGAGUGACUGGCUUUAUGAAGAGGAAAUAUUUAAAACCCACAUUGCCCACUGGUGGGCUCCAGAUGGCGCCAGACUAGCAUAUACGACAAUCAACGAUAACAAAGUACCCACUAUGGAGAUCCCUGUAUAUACUGGUUCAAUUUACCCAACAAUGAAAAACUACCAUUAUCCGAAGGCUGGCUGUGAGAACCCAGUUGUUACCUUACAUGUUGUUAACUUGAAUGGGCCGCUGCACCAUGUGGAAAUGACACCACCCGAUGAUCAAAGAAUGAGAGAAUACUAUAUAACUAUGGUGAAAUGGGCAACCAAUACCAAAGUGGCAGUCAAUUGGUUAAACAGGGCACAGAACAUCUCUAUCUUGACGUUAUGUGAUGCCAUAACCGGAGUGUGCACAAAGAAACAUGAAGAUGAAAGCGAGGCAUGGUUACACAGGCAGAAUGAGCAGCCGAUCUUCUCAAAGGAUGGCAGAAAGUUCUUCUUUGUGAGAGCAAUUCCACAGUUAGGUCGCGGGAAGUUUCAUCACAUUGCUGUUUCUUCCUCACAGGCUAACAACAGUAAUGACAACUUACAGUCUAUUACAUCAGGAGAUUGGGACGUCACAGAGAUUCUGGCAUAUGAUGAAAAAAAUCAGAAAAUCUAUUUCCUUAGCACGGAAGACUCCCCUACACGGAGACAGCUAUACAGCACGAACACCAAUGGAAGCUUCAACAGACAGUGCAUCUCCUGCUUACUGAUUGAAAACUGUACUUAUGUCAGUGCCUCGUUCAGUCACACUCUGGAGUACUUCUUACUGAAAUGUGAAGGUCCAAGAGUUCCUAUUGUAACUAUUCACAACACAACUGACAACCAAAGUCUGAUUGAGUUGGAGGAUAAUUCUAAAGUGAGAGCUGCCAUAGAAAAGAGACAAAUGCCUAACUCUGAGUAUGUUCAAAUCCCAGUGGAUGACUACAAAUUGCCAAUGCAGAUUAUCAAACCAGCAACCUUCAUAGACACAGCACAUUACCCCAUUUUACUUGUUGUGGAUGGCACCCCUGGAAGUCAGAGCGUCUCGGAAAAGUUUGAAAUUGACUGGAUUACAGUGCUGGUCAGCUCUUUCAGCACCAUUGUUGUCAAAUUUGAUGGACGUGGAAGUGGGUAUCAGGGCACAAAGCUCCUACAUGAAGUGAGAAAAGAGCUGGGAAGUUUCCAAGAAAAAGAUCAAUUGACAGCGCUUGGAACAUUACUAAAAGAACAAUACAUUGAUAAGAAGAGGGUUGGUGUGUUUGGAAAGGAAUAUGGAGGAUAUUUGAGCACCCGUCUUCUUACUUCCAUGGGAGAUGAUCUCUUCACAUGUGGAGCAGCUCUCUCUCCAAUAACAGAUUUUAAACUAUAUGCUUCUGCUUUUUCAGAAAGAUAUUUGGGAUUACAUACUAUUGACAAUGGAGCGUAUGAGUUGGCCAAAGUAACAGUUCGAGAGUCCUUAUCGAAUACAGCUAAAUUUCUGAUUAUCCACGCUACUGCAGAUGAAAAGAUCCACUUCCAACACACUGCGGAACUCAUAACGAAUUUAGUCAAAGCCAAAGCCAAUUAUUCCUUACUGAUAUACCCAGACGAGAAUCAUUAUAUGAAGAGCCUGGCAAUGGAACAGCACUUGUACAAGUCCAUUGUUAAUUUGUUUGAAGAAUGCUUCAGAAUUCAAGACAAGCCCCCUGUUGUAGUCAUAGAGGAAGAGGAAGAGGAUUAACUUUUGAUGUGCCAAGCACAAACCAAUUCUUACAUAACAAUAUGCAACUGAAUUGUUUUCCUUGGAAAAUACAAAAUGUUAUGUUUAGCAUGUGUUUAACAGAACAGUGUCCUCGAUGGCUUAUCAGACCGUACAGCUUCCUAGGUUGGAGAACAUAAAGCAUGGUGAACUCGGCAUACAAUACUGUCUGAAUACACUGCUUUUUGUUACCAGUAAAGGUUUAUUGUACUUAAAAACUAAAUGGAAAAAAAAACAACAGAAGAAGCAAGACUUUUUAAGGAUCUCCAAAAGGACUACUACACAGACUAGACAACCUGUUAAUGUUCAUGAACACAAACAGUAGCAUUGAACCUGUUCUUAUUGCCGCACUAAAUUGACAUUGCAUUUGAGUCUAAAGAAACUAAUACUAUUAGUAUGGGGGGGAAAAUUAUAGCACAAUUAUUUUAUUAAUACUAAUUUACAGUUUGCUUGCUCAAAUUCAUGAAAAAUAAUAAAGGCGACUUUCAGGGCAGCGUAAAUGAAUACAAUGUAUUAAUCUUACUAAAAUUGUGUAUAUCAUUAUGUAAUUACUACAUGUUUUUUAUCUUGUUUUUACUGGCUUUGUUUAAUUUCCUUUAUCACCCAUGCCUUUUUAUUUGCAACUUGCUUUAACGUAUGAAAGAGGUGUCAAAAUAUUUAAUGUCACAUAGAUGAUAUUUUCGUGGAGGCCAUUUUUGUGAAACUCUGAAUUGAAUAUCUUUGUCGAAUAGCUUUGGUUCAGGUUAGGCGGCAACACUUUUGUUGUAAGUAAACACUAGGCUGUUCAUAUUUGGGGGACUUUUUCAAAGGAUUUUAAUGGAUAAUUAAAGUCCAAAUUAUACAGCCUAUGACAAAAAUUACAAAUACAUUUUAUUCCCCUUUAAGCAUCAGAAUUUAUAGUAACAGAGAAAACAAUACAUCUUUUUGUUGAAGGAUAACUACACAUAAAACAAAAAAUGGAAGUUUGGUGAAAUCAAUAAAAUAAUAUAAUCUUACAUGUUCUUCCUUGAUUCUCUUAUCCAGCAUGUUCCAUUAUGUCUGUAACAAUUCUAGCAGGUGAUCCUCUAUUCUGCUCAUAGUAUUAUCAAGGUCAUUGGACUGUUAGGGACACUGAGAGCCACCAAAUCAAGGCAGAGCAAGUAAGAUUUUAUAAUUUUAUUCAUUUCAAUUCACUCCACAAAGUUGGGGUCUUUUAUCCUGUAAUUUCAAAUAAGUAUCUGUGAUUAAAUUUUGUUAUUCAUAUCUGUCAUUUAGUUUUAGUGACCAUGCCUGCAACAGAAUUACAUUAGAUACUAGUCUGUGUUAUGAGCCGGCAAUAAUAAAUCAUUCUCUUUGUCUUUGUUCACCGAAAAUACGAUCUUCACUGUUUGUGUCCCAGUUUAAAUAACAUUUUCAUGCAAACGAUUUAAAUACUUUGAAUAACAUUUCAUACUAUAUUAAAAGAACUGAUAUGUUAUUUAUGGCAUACAUAAUAGUGGAUAAAUGGUAUAAAUGUUAAAUAUACACCUCCACAAAAAAAAAUGUAUACGGUUAAUUAAACUAAUGAGAAGGAUUGUUUAAUGAUUGUUGGUACUUAUAUUGCUUUCACAGGAAUCUUCAGUAUUUGAAGAAACCUCUUCUAUUAAUUUGGUAUAAAUUAAAUGAACUAACUACCCAGGGAAAAGAUAUCCUAAACAGUACAAAGAAAAUGUAGAUAACCUUGUUAAUAAAUAGGAGCUUCUAAUCUGUGAUUAUGGAAAUGUCGUUCUACCUGCCUACCAAAGAACUGGAUAUAUGUAUAGCUAUGUUAGACAGGUAGAGGAUGAAGUUCACAUAAUUGAUUGGACCAAGCAACCAGACUGGAGUGUAUCCUUUGUAGUUCUUACAUUUUUAUUGAUCAGCAGGUGUCAGUUGAGUGCACCAUUGCAUCUACACUAUUAUAGGGAAGGCACCACCAUUGAGCAAAAAAUAAAUAAUAUAAAAGAUAUGAUUAAAAAAUAUUACUCAGAUUCAGGGAGGAGUACAAUAAAUUACAGUUCAGCUAGGACAAGGGGUUGAAGGUAAUGACAAAUUUUUGUGUACAAAAUGGGUGCAUGUAAAUGCUACACAUACUGUAGCUUUAGGCUACCAGUCUGCAGAGCCUACUAGCAAACAUAUAAAUUCUUCCACUUCUUUGUCUGUUUUCUGUUAUUAUUUUUUGGACAUUGAGGCUUGACUAAGCUAUCAGUGUUGUGAGUGAUAUCAGAUCUGCCCACUGGCAUGAGGGCACAGCAUAUUUUUUUUGUUUUUGUUAAAGGAUUAUUACACCUAUUUAAAAUUAGUGGAAGAGUUUUGAAAAGAGACAAGGAAAUGAGACAUAGAGAAAUAUAAUUUCACCACAAUAUAGGGAAUCUAGAAUAUACAAACAGAUCGUUCAACACAUUUUUGGAAUUUAAGAACAUUCUUGCAGUGUGAAUAUUACUUCUCUUCAGCUCUGAAUUUCUACUUUAAAUUAAUACAAAAGAAAUACUAUAACAUUUGCUGUUCAAUUGUUCAUAAUUUCUAACCCAGUACAAAAUCAUAACUAUUUAAAUGUAAUUUCUGAAAUGCAAAGUAAUUUGUUCAUGUUCAAUGGCUGUAAGAAAGCUACAGUUCUCAUGUUGCAAUGUAUGUGUAUCCUUGGUGUAAAUUACUUAUAUAUUUUGCCUUCAUGAAAGUUUUAGUCUAAAUGUAUGAGUUGUUAAAACAUUUCAAAUUACACUGUUUGCAUCUCUGGUUAACUCUCAGUUCUCUAACCACGAUUAAAUAGGUUUAUUAAAACUGAAAUCUUGUUGAUCAUAGAAAAUGUAACAAAAUAUUAUUAUUGCUUUAGUGUUUGUCAUGAAAUUUUAAUGGAAUGUAAAAUCAGUUUACUAUAGUUUAAUGUUACACUUUGCUCCUUGAUAGGUUUCAGUGGAGAGAUCAAAUCAAGUAUGUUAUUUGUAUGGUUUUCUCAACUGAUUAUACAGUAUAUCAUAAUGCAAUAAUGCAAAACACUACAGCCAAUCUCUGUAACACCACAGGAAUAUAUACUACUACUAAUAAUAAUAAUAAUAAUAAUAAUAUUAGAAUUAUACAAAAAAUCAAAACAAAUUAAAUUGGUUAUUAGUUGGAAAUUAAAAUUUAUUCAUACUAUAUGACAAUUUUUCCAGUCAUAUCCCACACAUUGCCUGCAGACAAAGAAGGCAAAUUUAUUUAUCAUUCAUAUUCAUGUAGGUGCUUUAUAAAUAUGUAGUAAUUAUUUUGCUGAAAAAAUCUCAGUAAGUACUACAAUCAAAUCACAAAAAUAAUGAUCAUAAGUAUAAUUUUAAUAUGUUCCACAAAAUUAAUACAUUGUAAUUUAUUUAUUUAAUAAACUAGGUAAAGGACAUUGUUUGUAUUAUAGUUAUGGUUUUCCUAUGAUAAUUUACCUACUUAUUAUGUUGAUGUAGAUCAUAAGCUUCUAGUUAGUGACAAAACGAUUCACGCAUUUUUGUUUGAAUGUUGAAACUAUCAACUGAACACGUUAUCCAUUUACAAAUGAACAUUACAGAAAAACUAGCUACAUAAAAAAAUAAAUGCAUCAAAAUUCUGUAUUUCAGUUUUUUAAAUGUACACAACACAGUAAAAAAUGGUUUCGGAUUGUCUUAUUUUCAAAUGUGUUCAGUUAGCUUUUAAGAUAAACUUAGUCAUAAAUACAAUUUUUUUCACUUAAAUUGUAAUAAUGAUAGUGAUCACAUUAUGCCCAAAAGUUUUGCUACAGUAGGUUGAAAUUAAAAAAUUAAUACAUGAAAAAAUAUGUUUUGAAAUAAUAUAUCUUUAGUUAACUUUUUCUGCUGAUUGGGCUAUAAAAUGUGCCUGCCAUUACACAGGAGAAUUUUUACUUUAUCUACAGUAUUUCAUUCAGUUAACUGUCCAGAUGGACAUUUCUAGACAUUUGAAAUUCCGGAUGUCACCUGAAGAAUUGAUAUUUGAAAUCCAUCCAAAUGUACAGCCAGUAUUAAUGUUGUAUAUAUGAGUUUGUAAAUACGGAAUGUAAGUCAUUUUUUUGUGAAGAUUACAGCCGCUUACUAGUAUUGUGUUUCGCAUGCCAGCCAGAAUACACCACUCUUUGCUAAUCAAAAUUGUUAGCUUUAAACUUCACUAUAAAAAUUGCUAAUCUUCAUUUUAUCUAUUUUGACAGCUUGAAUGUUAUUGAGAGUUCCUACAAUUUUGACAUAGUAAUGUUAGUAAAUUCACAUCCAAUCUGCAAAUUAUGUAUUAAUGUUGUUCCUCUUUGUUAUUUUUUUGGUCUGUUUUCCUUUCCUUUAUUUUUUUUUUAUCUUGAAAUUUUGAAUGUUAGUUAUUGUUAUCUAUGUCUCAUUGGACAAUAGACUAUCUGUAAGACAUUUUGAUUACGGUGGAUAUUUUCAGUACAUUACAAAAAAAAAAAGGUAAAAGGAAUUAAAUAAAUAAAUCCAAAAAAUAUACCAAAUGAAAACCUAAUGAUUUUAACAUUUUCCCCAUUCUUUACAGUGACAAAGUGUACCUUAAAAUGUAAAACUGUACACAACAAAGUUUGCUUUUUGUCCGGAAUUUUGUAGAAAGACAGUUAGGAUGUGGCAUGGUAGUGUUUCGUCAUCCAUGAAAUAAAUCAUUAUUUUAUCAA